AUGCGUUCAAAGGAACUAUCGUCUUCUGAAGAUGAAGAUGAAGUCCCCAUUGCAUCGAGCAGCAAAAGGCGGACCAACGUCGCAGCGAAGCGUAUCAUUGAUUCCGACGACGAUGAGGACGAUUCGCCAGUUCCUGCAAGAACAAACGUGUCAAACAUGUCCAGUGCGUCUUCCAAGACUGUCGGACCGGCUACAAAUUCCACAACCUCACGUCACCCUGCGCCACCCAUAACAAUGCCAAAUCCUCGCCCGGUACAAACUUCUGGAAACUCUAAUUUUGUUGGUGGAUUCGCCCCAAGACUCCAGGGUAAUACGUCGCCCGUCACUGGACAACCUACUCAAUCUCUGGGAUCCAACUAUUACCCACCACCAAAGACCUAUAGUCCUCCAAGUCAUCCACCACCGAAUGCUGGAUAUCGUCCAACGGCAAAUGCAGGGCCCCCGUCGGCGACUACGGCCGGCAAUCCGAUCCGUAUUCCUCAAGAAGGGGAGAGGCACUCGCUUUUACACACCGUCAACAAGGCUACACAUGCCGUUAACGUAGCUGCUCAUGCAGUUGUCGAUCGCUUUCACCCACACCCUCCUACGUAUGCUCAGCCACAUCCCCCUGCCUAUACUCAGCCAUAUAAACAUCCCCAAGCACAACCACCUCCCUUGCGCAACGGAGAGUUUGACCUUGAUGCUGUCCAAUCUAUGCCCGGUGAUCCAACCGACUGGCAUGAUCUUCUUAACAAUAUCAAGGCGACAGCGGACGAAGUGGCGGAGGAGUUCAAGGAAGAGGAUUCGAUUGUUCCCGGGUUUGCAGAGGGGAUUAUACUGAGACCGUGGCAGGUUCAAGGUCGACAUUGGAUGCUCAAGAGAGAGCAAGGCUCCGCUAGGGGAGGAAUUCUCGCAGACGAUAUGGGUCUAGGCAAAACGAUCCAGAUGAUCACGCUCAUCACGCUGAACCCAAGAACUUCGGCUGAUCGAGAGAAAGGCUAUGCAAAGGGCACUCUAAUCAUUGUCGGUCUCAACAUCUUGGGCCAGUGGGAGAAAGAAGUCAGGAAAUUUAACCCCUCCCUGCGCGUCUUGGCUCACCACGGACCGUCUCGUACAAAAAGCGAAUAUGAUCUCGAACGCUACGAUGUUGUCCUCACUACAUAUGAUGUGCUUUCGAACGAGCAUAGCGCAUAUCAAGGUGGCGUCGAGGUGUCCUCCAAGGGGACUAAACAAAACUCGAGUGAGGAUUCCGACGACGGGUUCGGAGGGGCAAUCAGAGCUCGUAAAGAGGCAGCACCAAAGCCCAAGAAGGUGAAAGAAAAGGGAUCCGCACUCUUUAAAGUGGACUGGUAUCGAGUGGUUGUUGAUGAGGCCCAGAACAUCAAGAAUAGAUCCUCUAAGCGUUCUUUGGCAGUAUCUGCACUUAAUUCAAAGUACCGUUGGAUCCUAACCGGCACUCCCAUCCAGAACCAAGUGGACGACCUGUUCCCACUAUUUCGAUUCCUUCGGAUCAAACCUUUGCACGAAUGGGACGAAUUCAAUGCAAAGAUUCGUGAACCUCUCAGUCGAGGUCGGUCUGGGACGGCCAUGAAGCGGCUUCACCAUAUCCUUUCGACGAUUAUGUUACGACGCCUCAAAGCUGAUGUCAAAGAGUUGAAUCUGCCGGCUCGUAACGUCGAAGUGACAGAGUGCGAGUUUGAGGAGGCAGAGCAAUUUGUAUAUGACCAAAUCAGAGGAAUUGCAGAGGAGAGAAUUGGACGUGGAUUCGAGUCUAACGACAUGAUGUCCGCGCUCGUACUCCUCCUGCGUCUCAGACAAGCAUGUGAUCACCCGACAUUGACCAAGUCUUCUGCCGCCAGUGAGAUCAAGGAAAUGAAUGCACCGUCAAGACGAGCAUCUGUGGGACCAGAUGAAGACGACGAACUCGUCGGGCUGAUGAAGUCGAUGACUGUUGACGGUCACUGCGAGAUCUGCCACAGAGACCUCGACUCUUCCGAAGAGACGUACUGCCGCAGCUGUGCCAUGGUCCAGAAACAGCGAGCAUUGACAGCAAACGAUACGACAUAUCGCUCGACAAAGAUUCGGUGUAUCUUAAAGCUCCUCAAAGACAUCGACUCGAAGCCAGACAAUGGCAAGACUAUCAUCUUUUCCGAAUUCACGUCAAUGUUGGACAUUGUCGCUGCAGUGCUUGACGAGGAGAGAAUUCGAUACGUUCGCUAUCAAGGCUCUAUGAACGCAGCGCAGCGACAGCAAUCGAUUGACAUGUUAAACUCUGAUCGCAGGGUCAAGGUUAUAUUAAUCUCGACAAAGGCCGGCAACUCUGGACUAAACCUGACUGUUUGCAACAACGUAAUUAUGAUGGACCCAUGGUGGAACCCCGCAAUCGAGGAUCAAGCGUUUGACAGAGCUCAUCGCCUGGGGCAAACACGCGACGUGAAUAUUUACAAGCUGAUGGUUCCCGAUACGGUCGAGGAACGGAUCCUCGAGCUUCAAGAGAAGAAGAGGGCAUUGGCCAAAGCGGCUCUUGAGGGAGGCAAGCUUGCUAAAGGAAACAAACUCAGCUUCCAGGAACUGCUCAAUCUCUUCAAGCACGGACACGACGACUAA